AUGGGAGAAGACAACGUAACACUGUGGACAAAGUUUGUUCUUGCCGGACUUCUCCAUCAAAAAUCACCCUCCAUUUUUCUUGGUGUGAUUAAUUCCAUGUUUGUGAUUGCUCUGGUAGGAAACGGUCUUCUUCUUUUCCUUAUUAAAGCGGAUCCUCAUCUUCAUACCCCAAUGUACUUUUUCCUGAGUCAGCUGUCUGUCAUGGACCUCUGCCAAGUUCUGGCAAUUGUGCCCAAGAUGACUUUGAAUUUUGUGACCCAAAGGUACACCAUUUCACUCUAUGGAUGUGUCCUCCAAAUCUUUGUCACCCUGGCUGUGGGAGGGGCUGAAUGCCUCAUCCUGGCCGCCAUGGCCUAUGACAGAUAUGUGGCUAUCUGUAGGCCUCUGCAGUACCCAGUCCUCCUGAGGAGCAAAAUAUGCUGUAUGAUGUCAGUCGGUGUCUGGUUCUGGUCUUCUGUGCAGGCACUGACUUGUUCUCUCUAUGUCCUGCCUCUUCCCUACUGCAAGACUAAUGUGAUUAUCCAUAACCUUUGUGAGUAUCCAGCCCUCAUACAAUUGUCUUGUUCAGACAAUUCUGCAUUUGAAAAGACCAUAUAUCUUGGAAGUUUUCUGGUUUUUCUCAUCCCUGUCUCAGUCAUCCUUGCUUCCUAUCUGGCCAUCCUCUUGCAGGUUCUGAGAAUGAAGUCCACAGAAAGGAGCCACAAAGCCUUGGGCACCUGCUUGUCCCACUUGUGCGUGGUGGGGUUCUUCUAUGGAGCGGCUAUUUUGACCUACAUGACACCCACAUCCUCCUACUCAGCAGAAAGGGCCAGUAUUAGCUCAGUGUUUACAACCAUUUUCCCUCCCACUAUUAACCCUUUCAUAUAUAGCCUGAGGAACCGGGAUGUUUUAGCUGCAUUGAGAAAAGUCAUUGCAAAAUAG